AUGGAUACAGUGGCUGAGCUCAAUGAGCUCUUCGCAGCAACUUUCCCCGAAGGCUUACCCAAAGAUGUCCUCACGGAGCUCCAGUCCAUCUUGCGGGUCCAUUCGAUGACCGCGGAAGAGCUUUUCUACAAAUGGGAAUCAUACAGCAUGAAGAUGGGGGAGGAGGUCAAAUUGACUAUGGAUACUGUUCGUGGAUUUAAGCAAGAUGUACAGGAGGCUCUCGAACGUGAGAGUCGAGGCAAGGUUGGCAGACAACAUGAAAAGAGAGCCGCAGCGACAGCAACCCCGCGCGCCGCGGCAGGCGCUGAUGUUUUUGGGAUGCUCGACGACUUAACACCGAACGCAUCGAACUCACGGCCUAUGAACGGAGUAAACGGCUCAGCAAAGCGCAAGGCCGAAUUUACAUCUCCCGCUACGCCCAAAGUCGGACGGAUGAACAAGAUUGGGACUCCAAAUGGCGCGAAGACGCCGAGCAAACUUGCAAACAGCACACCUGGAGGCCCGCCCGUUUCAUUUGCGGACAGGGCCAAUGCAGGUCAAACGGUCGAGACACUUAAUUCGCAUCUGUCCCAGCCAGCAACUCCGAUGGCCCCAUUUUCCGAAGCACGCAUUCAGCCCACAGCCAAUACAGAUCUCAAGAAAUUCGGCUAUAAACCAAUGGGAAUGAAGCUCUCCGAAGCAUCUGAGAUUCUCGAUGAUCGCAUCGACGAGUUCACAAACAUUUUCCAGAAGCAUUAUGAGUCCCACGAUCUCACAUUUGGAAGUGCAGCUACGCAAAGUACUAAUGAGAUUAUCGCCGUUGGCCGAAUCGCCUCUGAUGCUCUAGAGGGAAAACUUAACCCUGCCUCUCUUGUCCUGGAGACUUCGCGCCGAAUGGGCGCUGGCAGACGAGUGCCUUUGAAGGUCGAUUCAAUUCCGGGAUUGAAUUUCUUUCCUGGUCAAAUCGUGGCACUUCGAGGAAUCAACCCGUCUGGCGAAUACUUCACUGUCAAGGAAAUUCUUCCUGUUCCUCUGUUACCCCCGGCAGCAUCCUCGGCGGUUGCCCUCGAUAAUAUAAAUGAACGUUUAGAAAGCGCAGGUGAUCUGCCCUUGAACGUUAUGGUGGCGGCAGGACCUUUCACGGCUGACGACAACCUGGACUUUGAACCCUUCCAGGAGAUAUGUCAGAAAGCUACAAACAGCUAUGCAGACAGUUUGGUUCUACUUGGCCCGUUUUUGGAUAUCGAGCACCCACUACUCGCAUCUGGAGACUUCGACUUGCCCGAUAUCAAAGGCCUCGAUCCUGACACUGCCACCUUGAAUACACUAUUCCGACACCUUAUCUCAACACCGCUGGCUCGAUUAGUCGCUGCAGUGCCAAGCAUCACAAUUGUUUGCGUACCAUCGGUACGUGACGCCUUGAGCCGUCAUGUCUCCUGGCCACAGGAGCAAUUGCUUAAAAAGGAUCUGGGCUUGCCAAAACAAGUUCGCAUGGUCUCCAACCCCGUGACCCUGUCCUUCAACGAGAUUGUUGUCGGUAUGUGCUCACAAGAUGUACUUUCGGAACUCCGUCGCGAGGAAGUCUUGCAUGGAAAGCUGGCUGAGGGCCAAUUACUUACCCGACUUCCCAAAUACCUCGUCGAACAACGUCAUUUCUUCCCUCUUUUCCCCUCAACGCCUCGUUCCAGUCUGCCAAAGACAGGAUUGGAUCGCCUAGCUACAGGUGCCACGCUAGAUUUGCCCUAUAUGAAACUAGGCGAGUGGUGGAAUGUUCGACCAGAUAUCCUCAUUGUUCCUAGCAUGCUUCCGCCUUUUGUCAAGGUCGUAGACAGUGUGCUCGUUAUCAACCCAGGCACCUUGUCCAAGCGCCGUGGGCCUGGCACUUACGCCCAGCUCGGAGUUCAUCCACGAACAGUUACUGACGAGGAACGCGAACAGAAACAACUGGACCACAAGCUUUAUGAACGUGCCCGCGUGGACAUUACCCGAAUCUAA